CUCGCCCAUGCCAUCCGCCUGCUCCUGGAGUACACCGAGACACCCUACGAGGACAAGCUCUACAGCUGCGGGGAAGCUCCCGACUACGACAAGAGCCAAUGGCUCCCUUACUUCAUUGACGGCACCACCAAACUGACGCAGAGCAAUGCCAUCAUGCGCUACAUCGCCCGCAAGCACAAGAUGUCCUCACCCCUCCACCCCUUCCUCCCGCAGGAGAAGCUCAAGCCGGGCUACCUGGAGCAGCUCCCGGGGAAGCUGAAGCUCUUCUCCAACUUCCUGGGGGACAGAAAGUGGUUUGCAGGGGAGAAG